CACGGAAAAGAUAGAAGCGUGCACAGUUAUGAGAGUGAACUAGUCCAGUAACGUUAAAUGGAACAACAAACGUCUUUCUUACUUUGCAAGAUGAAAUAUAUAAACUGCUAGCACACACAGACGUCCUUUAAGGAGCUGUUAAGUGUUUUACGAACGGAGCAAUGCCUCUUGUUCCUGCGAACCAGCCGCAGCUGAUCCGCUCCUGUCAGAAGGAUGAAUACUACCAGAACAACCUGACAAACAACGCCAAUGAGCUCUUCCACACCUUUGCUGGUUCAAGACGUUGGCUUCAGUGGAGAAAGGAAAUUGAAUUAUUAUCUGAUCUGGCCUACUAUGUCCUUACAACUUUAUCAGGAUAUCAGACUCUGGGUGAGGAGUACGUCAGCAUCAUCCAAGUGGACCCAAGCAAAAGGCGAAUCCCUUCACGAAUGCGCCGGACGGCACUUAUCUGCUUUCACACGUUUGUGCCUUAUCUUUUGGACAAGGUCUUAAUCUGUGUUGAGAAUGAGCUGGAAGCUGAAGCACCUCAGAACACACGCAGAACCUGGAACCCGUUAUCGCACAUGCGGUUCUGGAUCCAGAGAGCUGUGGGGCUGCUGACGGAUUCUCAGAGGAAGUCUUUGAUUCCGCUUGUUUUUGCCCUGCAGCAGGGAAUCACACUGCUGUACAGGCUACACGUGGCGCUCUUUUACACCACUGGAGCCUUUUACCACAUUGCUAAAAGAGCUGCAGGUGUUCGUUAUGUAAGUGUUUGUUCUUUUAUAAUUCAAAUUUUUCAACUGGGGAGUAAGAUAAUUAUCUCACAUGCUGUAUUAAAGGGACAGUCCACCCAAAAAUGAACGUUUUGUCAUCAUUUACUUGUU